AUAGGGAGUUCAGCAAAGUUCCAAAAAAAUCUUUUUCGUUUUGCGCGUCUCCGUUUCGGCUCCGCGUAUUACCCGUGGCGUAAUAAAUCGCGGAUCGAUGAACGCGUCCACCUAGAACCCACCCGGGACGAAUAAUUGGGAAGAGUAAGUAGCGUACGGUCAGUGCUCUUCGCCAACUCGGCUGGACAAACCCACAUGUUUUGCGGAGCUGGAACUUCCACAUCCACUCCGAGAAGCAGCAGCUGUUGCGCUCGUGGUAAAGUUUAGCGAUAAGAGCAGGGGCCCCGUCGACAGUAUUCGCGUGCGAUAGGCAAAAUGUCGCACAACUCGAACGACGACAACUUUUGGGCCAUGAAUCAGCAGCAGCCUCCGCAGCUCCAGCCUCCGCCACCGCAUCUGUACCCGGCAGCGCACGCCCAACAGCAUCCGGCAGUGACCCUGUUGCCCGUUUCGCACGCACUUCCACCGCACUUGCAGCAGCCACCGCAUCAUCUUCCUCAUCAUCCGCAUCAGCAUCAUCAUCCACAGCUCCUGCCGCAGUUGCCGGUGCCGACUGGACCGGCAGCCGGGUUCUAUAACAGCGGUGGAGUUCCCAACAGCGGCAGACCCUCGUUGGGAGACGCUGGCUUCGCUGGCGCCAAUGGAAACGUGUUUCCGCACGGACACCCACCGGUGGAAGAUGAGUACACGAUGACGGACUCGUACGGGCAGCUGAUCAAGGUGGUGUACCAGACGCAACCACCACAAGGGGGACUCGUGCGUCCGCAAGAGGAUAACGUUCGCGACUACAACCCACCUGCCGCUACGAAGCAACAGUAUGAACUGUUCUCGAACUCGAGCAACCUCAUCUCGGCUGCUCCCGGUUUUGGAUUCCUGUUCCAUCAUCAACAGCAACAACAGCCAGAAUCGUCUCAACAGCAGCAGCAGCAGCCCACUCCACUUCCGCAACCAUCGCAACUGCACCAGUUUACUUCGAUUGCCCAACAGUCAGUUACGGCGACACAAGCUUCCAGCACUUUGCAGGAUAAGGAAAACGGAAACAGCAACAACACGAGCAGUAUGCUCAUUAAUCAGCUGGUGGGCAACUUGGCACCAACGAUUUCAGGUCAGUAUUUACCAUUCGGUGGCAACACCAGUGCGGUGGGGCCCUCGACGCUGCUGAGUGAACCUCUGCAACGGCAGCAAACCCCUGCUGCAAGCCCCAUGUCCGUCGAUCCGCUAGAUGGCAACGCAAAUCCAUCGCCUACCAAGACUACGAGUGGUGCGAAACCGAUUGUAAAUCCCGUGCCGCCUACCAUCUCGGCGACAGCCAACAAUGGAGUAGCAGUUUCUUCGUCGUCGUCGUCGUCGUCAACAUCGUCGCCCUCGUCGAAUGCAACCAAUCGUAGUACCAGUACGAUCGCUACUACAUCGACCGCUGCCGUCUAUAAUCAACAGAACGACGACAAUUCUGCCAAGCUGGAUCAGAACGUUAACAAGAAACAACGUAUCGUGGCGGAAGUAAAACCGAUGCGUAUGUCCUACUCGGAUGUACUAAGCAAGAAACCGAAUGCUGCCGGAGGUGCUACUGGUGCUACUGCAGGUUUCACCGUGGGCACCGGUAAUAACAGCGUCUCAGCAGCUUUGUCCGCGAAUGCCACGGUGAAUAGUGGAGUCGGUGGUGCUACGGCUGCAGGAGCUGGCGGAGGAUCUAAUGGAAACAAAACGUCCGCUAGUAAUGGCUCAGGCCCGAACUCUAUGUCCUCUAAAAACGUCUCGAAAGGAGAGAAACGAGGAGAAGGUAAAAAAGCGAACGGUAACGUUGCUGCAGAGCGCAAGCUUCCGUCUGCUGGCGCAAACAAUCGUUCGAGCGACGGUACGAUGAAGCGGAACAACGGUGGACCGAAUCCUACCGGAAUUAGCGCUGGAGGGUUUCCUUCGGUAGUAGAAGCUAACGGCACCGGUCUGUCGGUUAAAUCUGUACACGACAAAAUGCGUAAAAUGGACAGCAAAGCUAAUUCCAAAAGAGAGAAAGGCUCUCGGAACGGCACUGCUAGUACUGAGAUGUCGGAUGGAGCCAAUAAGAAAGGUCGGUCCCGUCGCACGGAAGAUACCGGAAGCGAUGUCGGUGAUGCUGGUGGCGUUGAGUCUGCGGGUAGCGAAUCAGCGAAUGGUGUUAACGAUGAAAACAUUGGCUUGCACGAAGAAACGGAGGAAGAUUUCGAUGAAGACGACUCGGAGGAAUAUGAUCAGGAAAGCGUAUCUGAACAAUCCGAGCAGCAGCAUCACCAACAACAACAGCCGUCGAAAUCCAAUGCUGGCCAGUCGCAACAACAAUUCGUAUAUAAUGUCAAGAAAACCGUUGGAGCAAACGAUACACAUAUCGAGAAAAUCGUAAAUUCACAACGUGGAUCGGCUGCGUCGGUAGCACACCGUAAGGGCGGUAGUCGCGGUGCCACCUCUACCAUCUAUCGUGGUCCGGGUAAACAGCAGCAACCUGACAACCGGACUGGUGGCAAGCGUUCCGUUCGUUCACGUAAGAAUGAAAAGUACGCGUUCGCUCAGAAGCUGCUGCAGAAAUGGUUCGAGUACAUGGUACUGAUAGUCCGCUGGCUCUGGUCUCUCGUUAGUGAUGUGGUUUACUUGAGCAUCCGGCUGGCCUGGGACUAUGCACUGGCCGGCUACCAGUACUGCUGGCAGCAUAUCAGCACGAUACGUCAAGAUUUUCGUAAAAACUCGUCCCGACCAGGUGCCUGGUUGCGCGGCGUUUGGCAGGCAUUCGAUGGACGUUUCGAGAAGGAGUCGCGAUGGGCGUUCUGGCGUCACUGUUGGCGGAAGAAAGCGGAUGCGGAAACGGGCCCUACCGGUCGAGCCGGAACUCAUCAUCAUAAGGACCAUGGACGAUUGCCAUCGACGGCUGAUGAAGCGAUGUCUUCCCUGCUGAACUGUAAGGGAAAGGAUGCGUACAGUAUUUUAGGUGUGAGUCCGGAUUGCUCGCAGGAGCAGAUACGCAAGCAUUACAAGAAGAUAGCGGUGCUGGUACACCCCGACAAGAACAAGCAACCCGGUGCGGAAGAAGCGUUCAAGGUGCUGCAGCGAUCGUUCGAGCUGAUCGGUGAACAGGAAACGCGCAAGGAGUACGAUCAGAGCCUAGCUGAGGCACUGAAUGCCGAGAAAGCGUGGUCCGAGAUCAACGAUUUGCUAACGCAGCUGCACACUAAAAUAUCGGAAGCGGCCAAUACGAUAAGAUGCAGCAGUUGUUGUUUGAGGCAUCCACGCAAACCCACGGGACGUGCACAUUUCGCUGCACGCGAAUGUAGUUCUUGCAAGGUGCGACACCCAGCAAAGGAGGGUGACAUAUGGGCGGAAACGAGCUGUUUCGGCCUACGCUGGAAGUAUCUUGCGAUGAUGGAGGGCAACGUUUACGACAUUACCGAAUGGGCUAACUGCCAAAAGGGCGCUCUUUCACACCUGCAGCCGAAUUCUCACGUCGUACAGUAUCGCAUCGUACUCGGCAGUAGCAGCAGUGGCGCUAGUAGCUCACAGCAGCACCAACAACACUCGGCGGGCAUGCAGCAGGAUAAGGAAUCGCUUGGACGAUCACGAAAAGAGCCAACCGUGAAUGAACCAAAUUUGGACGAUUUCCUGAAUAACAUCUACGCCGGACAGAAUCAGCAAGCUGCUGGACAGGCUGCUUCGGGAUCGAGGCGACGAUACCGUAGAAACUAAUUUAUCCAAGCAAGCGCGCUUAUGCUUGCCUGCUAAGUUUGCUUAUAAGUUUUGGUUUUAAAAAUUCUUGCAGCAACUGGCGAACAAUUGCAAACAAACCACAAACUAACGCUCCACUCCUUACACACUCAACGUGCCACAUAGAAUCACUCGUCUGCUACGUCUCUCAGAGCGCGAUAGGCCGUGCAUUGUAGCCCCGGUCUCUUCCCAAUCCACUAGAUAACGGUAUUUCCGAAGCUCAAACCAAUGUACCAAGAGUGGGUGGCCGUGGUAUCGAUAGUAUCUUUCAAUCUCUCCAAUAGCCAGGCUUGUCAGUGAAUAGGAAUCAAAGUUCAGAGCUUUAGAAAAUUAGUAGUCAUUCACCGCCAGUAGAUGUUGUCUCGUUUAGUCGUACUUUUACGUUUCUUUUUUAGUGUGUGUAUGUGUGUCGUAUGUGAGCGCAACCGAAACGCGCAGUACAAAGGAGUACUAAUAGUACUCGCGGCACAAGAACUUGCCCUUGGCUGAUCUUGAUGUUUAAAGUGCGUUCUAAUCAUCUAAUACUGCAGCCUGUAUAUCAAUAUAAAAUGCCUUCCCGAGCGUCCCGUCUUUCCGAGCUGGUAAACUGUAGUGGACAUCUUUGCAACAGCGAAUGUCGAAUUAUUAUCUCUACUCCGCAGUAGUGUGCCCGCUUGCAGCACACCGCAACACCUUCCACGUCUUCAGCAUGGCGGAAAUGUGAGGUGGUGCCGAUCAACGUCUAACACGUAGUUUUUAUGCAUUUUCAUCGAGCAUAUAUAUAUAUGUAUGUACCGCAAAUUUGAUUACAAAUUUAAAUCAUUGACCUCGCUUAUCCGAGAACCCGCAAUACUCCGGCUGCGUCUGGGUAUGGGGUAGCAGAGGUUGAUCCAGAAUGAAGAUUAAUGGCAAAAUAAAUGUCUCGUCGCGACUGCCGCGGGAACAAA